AGACAGUAGGGGCAUUGUUCCCUAUACAUGUACGCAUUAUUUCUGACGUCUAUAUAAGGGGGCAAAUGUCGUAGCCAUCAUUUUCUACGCAAUGUCCACGUCACAGCCAAAGUCGCCCCUUUUGGAAAUGCUGGCCGACGAAGCUGCUAAAGCUCAAAGUGAUGAAACCAGAGACGAACGUCAAGUGGAGCAACCUAUGACAUUAGAGGAGCCGGAACUUCUAACGGCCAUACGCACCAUUCCGGCAGAAGUAUUGUCGCGAAUCUUUAAUUCUGUUCCUCCCAACGAUUUAUCGUUUCUUCCGGCCUCCGUAUCAUGGGGGCCCAGUAACAUCAGUCCAUCAUGGCGCGCGUUUGUCAAUAGUACACCAUCUAUGUGGUCCAACCUCAACUUUCCACUCUCACUCUCGGAAGUCGGGGUGUCCGAUCAACGGUAUCUGGAACUCGCAGGCAUCGUUUUGGAUCGCAGUGGAACCCAUCCCCUGGACAUCUCCAUCGAUCUGGAGAAGACUGACAUAUCUAUCAAUAUCUUGCGCUUACUUUCGUGUCACGCACAACAAUGGCGAAAGGUGGAAUUGCAUGGGAGUUGUCCUUUUGGUUUCGCUAGCACACUCUCCCCCAUUAAAGGCAACUUGGGUAACUUGGAGUCUUUGACCAUAACCCUUCUCCUUCCCCGACAUCUGGAUGUAUUCCGGGAUGCACCGCGCCUUCAAGAGGUCUACUUACGGUUGCAUUCUGAGUGUGACAUUGAUCUACCCUACUCGCAACUUCGUAGUUUCACCUCGAACCUACUACCAUCGGACCCCAUUACAUUCCUACGAAGUUGUCCUCACCUAUCUGAAUUCGGUUACGUCGGUGAAAAUGAACCGCGUGUUGAAGGACAUGCUUACGAUGUUCAGUUCCUGAAUCUUCUCUGGCUGAGCGUUAGCCAUCCAUCAGUGCUCCAUCGUCUGCCUACCCCCGGUCUCAAAGAGCUCAAGUAUCACCUCUCCAAUGAUGUUGACACGGUCCUCAACUUUCUAGCGAUUUCCAGAUGCGACCUCACUUGCCUCGGCAUCGCCUGGACUUCUCACGACUUCUUUGAACCCGGUCCAUUCGUUACCCUGCUUCAAAAUCUUCCUAAUCUAGAGCAUCUCAAGAUUUAUGACCUGUUAUCUUAUCAGGAUGAGCAUUUUGAUGUGUAUGAGACCCUUCGCCUGGGGAAUGGGGCAUACAAUUUGGUUCCCGAACUACAGGAACUAACGUUGGACACCUACAACCCCUCUAUCUUCAACCCUGACGAGUAUCCCGAGGGACCAGAUCUGUUCGAGAGUGUCAUGCUGUCGAGGGUAGGGAGGCUCCGCAGGCUUACGCUUGUACAUUGCUUGAAGGACAUACCUCAGUGCGUUGAAAAUCUGAUGAAGGCGGGUAUUGACGUGGUAGUGACCUGGGAUAGGAAUAUGGAAUUACAGUUUUGAUAAUCUGGUGUAUGUGAGCUCGUUGUCUUUGUCAGUGCAUGUAUCUGAUG